AUGACUGAUAAAAAAAUCCACCCAACAGCAGUGACAGCUGCUUUAACACCUGAUACAGCAUCUAAACCUUUGAAUGAAAGAUUACCUAUCCCUCCCUUAGAAGAUACUCUACAACGGUUCUUAGCAAGAAUUGAACCAUUACAAGAUGAAAAGCAAAACAGGAAAACUAAAAAGAUUGUCAAUUCAGUGGAAAAUAUCGACCUUUUGAAGACUUUACAUGAAAAGUUACUACAAUACGAUACCAACCUAGCAAAUUUAAAACCAGAAUCCUCCUUCAUUGAACAAUUUUGGUAUGAUUCAUACUUAGAAUACGACGCAUCAGUGGUAUUAAAUGUUAAUCCAUUCUUUCAACUACAAGAUGAUCCAACAAUAACUAAAGAGGAAAUCUUAGAAAAUGGUCCAUAUGGUUGUCACACUUUACAAAUCAAAAGAACCUCCAAAUUAGUCAUCUCUAUAUUAAAAUUCAUUAAACAAAUUCGUCAUAACACUUUAAAACCAGAUCUUGUUCGUGGUGGGAAAAGUUUAUCAAUGGAUCAAUAUGAUAAAUUGUUCGGUUCUUCAAGAAUACCACCAGGUCCAGGUGAACAAACUUGUCAUUUACAAACUGAUACUACAUCUCAUCAUGUAAUCAUCAUGUACAAAUCCCAAUUCUAUUGGUUCGAUGUCUUGGAUGUUAAUAAUGAACCUAUUUUUGAAACAAGUGAUGAAUUAGAAUGGAAUCUUUAUUCUAUCAUCAUGGACGUUGAAAAGCAUAAGCAUCAUGACGAAGAAGAAAAUUUGCUACCAUUCGGCGUCUUCACUACGGAAAGUAGAAGAGUUUGGUCUAACAUUAGAGAUUAUAUUUUCCAUGCAAAUGAUUCAACAAAUUGGAAAAAUUUGAAGAUUAUUGAUAGUGCUUUGUUUGUCAUUUGUCUAGACGAUGUUAUAUUUGGUGCAGAGGAUAAUGAUGAAUUGGCGAAAUCAAUGCUAUGUGGUACUUCAAAAAUUGAAUUGGACCAACAAAAAUCAACUGUUCCAUUAAAUAUUCAAAGUGGGACUUGUUUGAACCGAUGGUAUGAUAAACUACAAUUGAUUGUUACGAAAAAUGGGAAAGCUGGCUUCAACUUCGAACAUACAGGAAUUGAUGGUCACACUGUCUUAAGAUUGGCUACAGAUAUUUAUACCGAUUCAAUUUUAAGUUUUGCUCGUGAAAUCACAAAAGAUGUUCCUGAUAUUUUCGAAGCCCAAAUGGGAUCCAACAACAAUAAACACCAUCAUCAUAAUCAAAAACAAUUCGGCGUUGAGACGAAAACGCCAAAUAAGGCAAACCUAAUUACAAUUCCAAGAACAUUAGAAUGGAAAAUUGAUAAAUUCUUGUUAUCAUCAUUACACUUUGCUGAAACGAGAAUAUCUGACUUAAUCUCACAAUAUGAGUUUGUUACAUUAGAUUUUGAAAAAUUCGGUUCAUUCCAUAUCAAAUCCGUUUUCAAGUGUUCACCUGAUGCAUUUGUUCAACAAAUUUUCCAAAUUGCAUAUUACGCCCUAUAUGGUAAAUUUGAGACCACUUAUGAACCGGCCAUGACCAAACUUUUCCAAAACGGUAGAACAGAAGCAAUCAGAUCUGUUACACCAUUCUCGAAAAGAUUCGUCAAAUCAUUAUUUGAUAAAAAUGCAACAGAUGAGCAAAGGAAACAAUUUUUACAAGAAUCUUGCAAAGAACAUUCCAAGAUUACUAGGGAAUGCUCCAUGGGGUUAGGUCAAGAUCGUCAUUUGUACGCUUUGUAUUGUGUUUGGAAUGAAUGGUAUAAGGAUACAUUACCAUUACCACCUAUAUUUAAAGAUAGAUCAUGGACUUUACUAAAUACAAAUGUUUUAAGUACUUCGAAUUGUGGUAAUCCAUGUUUGAAAAAUUUCGGGUUCGGCCCUGUGACAGCAAAUGGGUUCGGUAUUGGUUAUGUUAUUCGUGAUAAUUCCAUUUCAAUCGUUGUCUCAUCAAGACAUAGACAAACUAAGAGAUUUGCCUCAUUAAUGGAAAAAUCCUUCUUGGAAAUUGAUCACAUAUUUAGUAAAGAUUAUAAGACUGAUCAAGACAAUUACUUGAUGGGAAUGCAUAAUAAGAAUGAUGGCAAUUUGACUCAUAAUAAAUCAGAAGAUUUAAAAUACUUAUUAUCAGGUUAUGAUUAUUUCGAUGUUAGUGUUUCUGGUUAG